GCUCUGCAUGAUCGCCGGUGUCCAUGGCUUCUGCGUGCGUCAACAACGUUGGAAUACAGCCGGAGAAUUUCCUCGACGGCUCACGUACCGCCUACACUUCUUACGGUUGGUUGAGCCCUCGCGCAUCCUUCAGCCGCGAGUAUCCAGACGACUCGUCUGCUAACCUCUCAGGCUUUAAGCUCAGUCCAUCUGCCAUUGCUGAUACUCCUCAGACGAGUAAGCCGGUGAUUUCAGGUACAGAUCUAGAAGGUUCAUCCAGUGAUUUUGAGUUUAGGCUUGAAGAUCCGGUUACUCUGAUUCCUGCUGAUGAGCUUUUCUUCGACGGAAAGCUUAUGCCGCUGCAGAUUUCAUCGGUGAAAUCGUCGGUUAAGAAACUCUCCUCGACGGAGAUCGGUUUGCGGUCGCCUGAUACAAUGACGCCGCGUAGAGUAACGGAAAUCGAUGGUGCGGAUCCGUACUCGUUCUCUCCUCGCGCUCCUAGAUGCUCGAGUCGGUGGAGAGAGCUUCUAGGUCUAAAGAAGGCUACUCAGAUGACUAACACAUCCGCGAAGAAUGAAAAUCCGAAGACGGAGUUGUCUUCAUCGAGCAAUAGAAUGAAAUCUCUGAAACAAUUUCUUCACAGGAAUUCGAAACUCGUGUCCUCCGAGUCCACAGAUGCCCUAAAUCAUCCGUUACUGAAGGAUUUGGAUUACGAAUCAGUUUUCUUAUCCUCUGCUCGCCUCUCUCUUUCUUCUUCAUCAUCUGGCCAUUCGCACGAGGAUCUCCCUAGACUCUCACUCGAUUUCGAUAAGCCAUCAAAAUUCAAUCAAGAUCACAAGAAUCGGAUAAAUCUGGUGAAAACGAGAGUAUCGCAAUCAGAAGCGAAGAGAAUAGGGCGGAGCCCGGUCCGUCGGACUCCAGGGGAAUCAGGUAGAGUGAAGAGCAGAGAAGUAUCCAUGGAUAGUCCUAGAAUGAACUCCUCAGGGAAAAUAGUGUUUCAGAGUCUAGAAAGGAGUUCGAGUAGUCCGAGUAGCUUCAAUGGCGGACCGAGAUUGAAGCACAACGGCAUCGAGAGGUCAUACUCCGCGAAUGUGAGAGUUCCGCCGGUGUUAAACGUCCCGGUGAGCUCGCUGAGAGGUUCAUCGAAAUCAUCGGGGUCGAUGUUCGGGUUCAGCCAGCUGUUUUCCUCGCCGCAGAAGAGGACCGAAGUGACUUGCGGCGGCGGUAAAGGCCAGACGAGGCAGCACUGCAGAAACCGGAUCACUCGAACCUGACGGGAAAUCGCCAGCGCAGAUGAAGAAUUUCCUAUUUUGGAAGCAAAAAUUUCCCAAGAAUCCAAAUUGGUAGGAUAAAAAACGUCACCGUUUUGAAGUCCAUGUAAAUAUGUAAUUUUGUGUAUUUCCCCCC